GUCAGCCGGUCAGCCAGGACAGGCUGGGUUCAUUUACCCUCAGAUCAGUGGGAGUGAAUCGUUUUCCCACCCAAAAAGGAUCUGGGGACCGUAAAGGCGACAUGACCAGUGGGCGCUGUGUCCUUGUCCUGUUCUCCCUCGUCCGUGUCUCGCUGAGUGUGGAAAUGAGAGGGUCACACGGCAGCUUCACCUCCCCCAACUUCCCCCUGCCGUACCCUGACAACCAGCACGCAGUGUGGAACAUCACCGUCCCGGACGGCCACCGGGUCAGAGUCUACUUCACCCACUUCAGCCUGGAACCCUCCCACCAGUGUGAAUACGACUACAUCCAGGUUUUGGCGGAGGGAAAUGAAACCUUGCGGUUCUGCGGCGAGGAGGAGAAGAACUAUGAGAGCACCCCGAGGAACACCGUCAUCCUGUCAGCCGGGAACCUCAUGUCAGUGGUCUUUAGGAGUGACUACUCUAACGAGGGCCGAUUCACCGGCUUCCGAGCAUUUUACACCUCGGAAGAUAUCAAUGAAUGUCUGUCCAAGAUGGACGGAGAGAGAGUGUGUGAUCAUUUUUGCCACAAUUACAUUGGCGGGUAUUAUUGCACGUGCCGACAAGGAUUCCUCCUACAUGCCAACAAAAGAUCCUGCACAGUGCCGUGCCCCAGCCAGCUGUUGACCUCGCCAUCGGGGGUUCUGACCAGUCCAGGCUACCCGAGCCCCUACCCUCCCAUGAGUCAGUGUGACCACACCAUCCGCCUACCAGAGGGCUACAGAAUAAUGCUGGACUUCCUGGAACCCUUCGACGUGGAGGGACACCCAGACGUCCCCUGUCCGUAUGAUAUGUUGAAGAUUUCAACCGCUGGACAAGAGUACGGGCCCUUCUGUGGAUCGACCACACCGGCCCGCAUUGACACAGGAAGCUACCAAGUGCAUGUCAGGUUCAGGUCCGACACUGGUGGUGAAAACAAGGGGUGGAAGAUCAAGUACACCAGUGCAAAGUCUGAAUCCCUCCCUUUGAAUAAAGGCUGACACGUGACACACAACCUGGAAAUCUUGUAGCGACUUUUUACUUCACACAACCAUCACUUCUGUGAUGACGCUUUGAUAUUGAGUGAUAUUGUGAAGUUAUUGCCAUAAAGAUACCCUCCGAAUUUCAAGCUGUUUCAUU